GAGGAUAAAUACAAGGGCCAGCAGGCUGCAGGGGUUGUCGCAGACGAAGGCCGGAUCUUCUCCCUCUACCUCUCUCUUCUCUCAGCUCUCCUCCUAAACUCAAAGUCAGGAUGCCUCACGCAUACCCCUUCCUCACGCCUGAGCAGAAGAAGGAGCUCAGCGAUAUUGCUCAGAGGAUCGUCGCUACUGGCAAGGGAAUCCUCGCUGCAGACGAGUCCACUGGCAGCGUUGCCAAGCGCUUCCAGAGCAUCAACGCUGAGAACACUGAGGAGAACAGGAGGCUGUACCGCCAGCUUCUCUUCACCGCUGACGACCGCAUCAACCCAUGCAUCGGUGGCGUCAUCCUCUUCCAUGAGACCAUGUACCAGAAGACCGAUGAUGGCAAGUCCUUCCCCCAGUACCUCAAAGAAAGAGGCAUGGUGGUGGGCAUCAAGGUCGACAAAGGUGUCGUUCCCCUGGCCGGAACCAAUGGCGAGACAACCACCCAGGGUCUUGAUGGUCUGUACGAGCGCUGCGCCCAGUACAAGAAGGAUGGUGCUGACUUUGCCAAGUGGCGCUGUGUGCUGAAGAUCACCCCGACCACUCCCUCAAAGCUGGCCAUCCUUGAGAAUGCCAACGUCCUGGCCCGUUAUGCCAGCAUCUGCCAGAUGCAUGGCAUCGUCCCCAUUGUUGAGCCUGAGAUCCUCCCUGAUGGUGACCACGACCUGAAGCGCUGCCAGUACGUCACAGAGAAGGUCCUUGCUGCUGUCUACAAGGCCCUGUCAGACCACCACGUCUACCUGGAGGGCACUCUGCUCAAGCCCAACAUGGUUACUGCCGGACACUCCUGCUCACACAAGUACAGCAACCAGGAGAUUGCCAUGGCAACUGUCACCGCCCUGCGACGCACUGUGCCCCCUGCAGUCCCUGGCAUUACCUUCCUGUCUGGUGGCCAGAGUGAGGAGGAGGCCUCCAUCAAUCUGAACGCCAUGAACCAGUGCCCUCUGAUCAGGCCCUGGGCCCUGACCUUCUCAUAUGGCCGUGCCCUGCAGGCCUCUGCCCUCAAAGCCUGGGCUGGCAAGAAGGAGAAUGGAAAGGCAUGCCAGGAUGAGUUUAUCAAGAGAGCGCUGGCCAACAAUCUGGCCUGCCAGGGAAAAUAUGUUUCAUCUGGAGCCAGCACCGCCGGUGGAGACUCAUUGUUCGUGGCUAACCACGCUUAUUAAUUAUGGACACUCAAUUUCCUUUCCAUUUUAUUCCCACCAUCACAUCACCAUGGAAAGAUUGUGUUGUCAUAGGCACCACAAUACAGCACUUUUACAGCAUCUUGGUAGAAAUUGAAGGAAAAGAUGGAAGAAAACUUUCCUUUGGGGUUGUUUCUGCAGCUAGAAGAUCCUAAAAAUGUCUGCCUCCAUUCCCUUACUUUUUUUUCAGGUGAAGAUUCCUACACUGUUUUUACACAACUUGUACUUUCCUCCUUGGUCUGAUUCCAUCGAAACAGUACAUGAUUUAUACUGGUACCAGGAAUAAAGUACUUACCCUUCUUGUU